UGCUCUGCUAUUCAGUCAGUUAAUAGAUGUACAGGAUGGAACUCGGUCCACUCGCUGUGAUGUUCUUGUUGGUUUCACAUGCAUCAGUGGCUCACACUCAAGCAAAACCCAAACCGACUAUCAGAGUGACUCCUCAGAGCUCCAUCUACACUGGAGACACCAUCACUCUGAGCUGUGAGCUGCAGGAGACGACUGCAUGGGAGUUUAUCUUUUACAAAAAUUACAAGUGGUUUCAGCUUCUGAACAGUAAACAAGCAAACUCAUUUAAAGUGACAGUCAAUAAUGCAGGAGAAAUAGUGUACCAGUGUCGUGCACGCUCAAGAAACUAUUUUCACUAUUCCAGCUACUACAACAACUACUACUACUACACAGAGUUCAGUAAACCGGUAAAGAUUACAGUAAGAGAGAGACCACAGGCAGUACUGAGUGUAUCUCCACAGAACUGGCUGACUGAAGGAGACUCAGUGACUCUAAGCUGUGAGGUUACAGACUCCUCUACAGACUGGACAUUCAGCUGGUACACAGUUGUUCCCUACAGAGAUGGUGUAACUCAAAUAAAAAAUACUGACUAUGUCAAAUAUGUGGAGCUUCUCUCAGACAGCAGCAGAGGAUCUGGAGGCUCCUACACUCUCAGUCCUUCUGCUCUUCAUCACACAGGAGUUUAUGUGUGUAGAGGAGAGAGAGGAGAACCAGCCAUUUACACACAUUACAGCAAUACACAGCCUCUAUGGAUCUCUGAUGAAUCUCCUCCAGUGUCUCUGAUCAUCAGUCCCAGCAGAACUCAACACUUUACUCAUGAGUCUCUCUCACUGAGCUGUGAGGACCAGAGUAACUCUACUGGAUGGACAGUGAGACGAUACACAGACAGUAAGAGAAUGUUAGAUUGUUCAUGGUGGGGAUCAGUUACAGGAUCUACAUGUAGCAUCAGCUUCCUCUCCACAUCCUACACUGGAGUUUACUGGUGUGAGUCUGAAUCUGGAGAAAACAGUAAUCCUGUCAACAUCACAGUUCAUGAUGGUGAUGUGAUUCUGGAGAGUUCUGUUCAUCCUGUGACUGAGGGACAUCCUCUGACUCUACGCUGUUUAUAUCAUAACACAAAUCCAUCAAACCUCCGAGCUGAUUUCUAUAAAGAUGGAUCAGUCGUCCAGAACCAGACUACAGGAGAGAUGAUCAUCCAUAAAGUCUCAAAGUCAGAUGAAGGUUUCUACCACUGUAAAUACCCAGAGAGAGGAGCGUCACUGAACAGCUGGAUCUCAGUCAGACUUUCUAGACCCAGUGGUAGAUCAGUAGGAGGGGCUGUGGGACUAAUUUUGGUGUUUUUGUUCAUUGUUUUGCUGAUUUUAAUGAUUCUGCUGUGGUACAACAAAAUGAAGAAAGAAAAACAGCAGAAAUCCAAUCAGGAAUCUCAGUCAGGACACAAACCACUUCAGACUGGAAAUGAACACCUUUAUGCCGCUGUGGAUCAGGCAGAUACGAGUGGAACAGAUGAAGCUGCAUCUGGAAGCAGUGAAGCCAUUUACGCACAGGUCAUAAAGAAAAAGAAGGCAAAGAAGAACAAUGGUGCUGAUGCUGAACUCGACAUGAAUGAUGUGACUUACGCUGAGAUUCGACUAAAACCCAUGAAAAAAGAGAAGAGAGCACAAGAAAAGACCAGUGUGGGUGAUGAUACUGUUUACUCAGAACUGCAUCAGAACAUGAAGUAUCUGGACUUCCAGUAUGUCAAAGAAAGGAGCAGCAGGGAACCAUUUUAUCCAUAAUGGUGGAAUGAGAUGAACUGGUCAGUACAGCAGCAAUGUUUGGCUGGAGUUAUACAAAAUGAAAGACUAAAUAACAUUUAUAAAUGUUUGGAUGAACAGAUAUCUGUUUAAAUCCAGGAUAUUUUUAUGAAGGUUAACUUUUAUCACUGUCCUUGUUGGUCUAUUUAUGUAUCUAUUGCAAUUCAUACAUGAAAUAAAAUCAUUUAUCGAGUCA